AUGUCUCCCUACCUCUUCGUCCUCACCAUGGAAACAUUCUCGAGGCUGCUGCUCUCCAGAUUUGAAUCAGGCCUUAUUGGGUAUCAUCCAAAAACAUCAGAGCUCAAGUUAACCCACUUGAUGUUUGCUGACGACGUGAUGUUAUUUUUCGAUGGAGCAAACAACUCCCUGCAUGGAAUUUCGGACUGUUUGGAUAACUUUGGCAGCUGGUCGGGCCUGAAAAUGAACAGAAGCAAGACAGAAUUGUUCACUUCUGGCUUGGAUGAAGAUGAAUCUAGAGCCAUUGCGAGUUUUGGCUUUAAGGUUGGAUCCCUUCCAAUUAGAUACCUUGGCCUUCCCUUGAUGUGUCGUACAAACAUUUGGGCUAUUGAAGACUCAACUCAUUACUCUUGGACUUGGAAGCAGAUUCUCAAUCUCAGACAUGAAGCUCUGAACUUCUGUAAAGCGGUUCUAAACUCACAGAAAAAUCUGAGCUUCUGGUAUGAUGUUUGGACACCUUUUGGGCAGCUGCUGAGCUUCAUUGGACCAUCAGGCCCUCAGUCGUUGCGGGUUCCUCUCCUAUCCACAGUCUCUGAAGCGUGUGACUCUAUUGGUUGGAAAAUUGCUUCUCCUCGCUCUCAGGAAUCACUGGACUUGCAAGUGCAUCUUACCACAAUUGCUUUGCCACUGCCAAGCGACAUUGAUGAUCACUACGAGUGGCAUGUGGAAGGAAGCACGGCAUUGGUGUAUUCCUCAGCUCUCACAUGGGAAGCCUUGAGACCUAAAGCUGAAAAGAAGCAAUGGGAGGACAGUGUUUGGUUUAAAGGCUCAAUCCCGAAGCACUCCUUUAAUAUGUGGGUGGCUAAUGCGAACAGGCUGCCUACAAGGGUAAGGUUAACUUCUUGGGGAAUGAAUGUGCCUACUGCUUGUUGCUUAUGCGCACUGGAACCUGAGACAAGGGACCAUCUGCUCCUCGCUUGUCAAUAUAGCGUGGAGGUUUGGCGACAUAGCCUACAACGGCUGAACCCACCUGCAGGACUCUUCUCGGACUGGAACGAGCUGCUCUCUUGGAUUAGAUCUUCUGCAGUAUCGAGCCCCCCUACUCUUCAAAAGAUAGCAGUCCAAGCAACCAUAUUUCUUCUUUGGAAACAGAGGAACAAUGAGUAUCACAACAACACAACCAUUGUUCCUUCUGUCAUUUCGAAGCAGAUAUACAGAAAUGUGAGGAACAUAAUUAUAGCCAGGAGGAAGAGGAAGAAAUUCAGAUCUCUCCUUGUUAGUUGGAUAACUUGA